AUGACCUCUUACAGUCCAGGCGGGCUGCCGCGUGUCAUCUGGAUGUUCUGGGCAAACGGUCAGGAGGGCCUGGGCCCGUUCCAGAAAGCCUGCAUCAAUUCUUGGGUUUACAGGAACCCAGGUUGGCAAGUUCUACUGCUGAGUGCCCAGUCCUGCUUUGAGUAUCUUGUGGAGCAAGACCUGCCGAAUACCUGGCACCACCUGCGGCUGGAUGCCGCUGCUGAUGCAGUUCGCCUGGCUCUCCUCUCCAAGUUUGGAGGUGCGGGUGUCUACGUGGAUGUGAGUGUCGUUUGCAACAAGAGCUUGGAGCGCUGGCUUCUGCCGCGGAUGGAAGGGAAAGGCCUGGCAGCCUUCGUUUUCAAACACUUCGGCCGACAAGAGUGCCAGAACCACGGAGAGUACCUUGAAAACUGGUUCCUUGCAUGCCCGCCCAGCAGUGAACUCAUGUGUAGCUGGCGGGAUGCUUUCAAGCGCUUCUGGCAUGGCCGGACAAGUGCAUUUGACCAUGGAGGCUUGCAAGCCAGCGAAAUGUUCCGGGGAGUGGACCUGAGCUGUAUGCAGGAUUCUCAGAAGAAUUACUUGACUAUGCACUGUUGCUUCAAGUGGCUCAUUGACUCUGACUCGAGAGCAAGAAGCCUCUGGAAGACAAGCACUGUGCUGUUCGCUGCUGAUGACGCACUGGGGUGGAUCCUUGAUUUAGAGGGCGUGGGCACGGACUGGGCAAAGCGAAACCUUGCCGGACGUCAUGCGGCGCGUUGGUUGUACCGGGAUGACGUGUCCUGGGUGUCUGGGCUGGUACAGAGGGCGGAAGCCUACAAGACACUGCUGUCCAAAACACAUGAGGACUGUGCCCAGCUUGCUCUGCAGAUGUGCAGCAGCAACGGUGGCCUGUUUGUCAAAAUCGGCCAGCACGCCGCAACGCUAGCCCCUGCAGUGCCACCGGAAUACGUGCGGCACCUUUCGCAGCUGCAGGAUCGUGCACCGGCUGGAUCUUGGCAGGAUGUGAAGGCGGUCCUCGGCUCUGAGCUCCAGCUGCCGCGUGAUACAGAUUUGCCGAGUGCAGAUGGGGUUUUCACCGAGUUUGAUGUCGAGCCCGUCGGCAGCGCAUCCUUGGCGCAAGUCCAUCGUGCAAAGUUACAGGACGGUUCGGAAGUUGCUGUCAAAGUGCAGCAUCGCGACAUUGAGUCCGUUGUGUCCAGCGAUAUCUUCAUUGUCCGCCGCCUGGAAUGGCUGAUGAGCCAGCUUUUCAGAGAUGAGGGGUUCUCAAUGGCAUGGGCCAUAGAUGAGUUCGAACGGAACGUGCAGCAUGAACUAGACUUCCUUGAGGAAGCAAAGCACGCGGCGCGCUGUCGUGAAUGUUUCGAGCAUCAUGACUCAGAUUGGGCGGCAUCUAUCUCAAUACCGAGGGUCUAUCAUCACCUGUCAACGCGUAGGCUACUAGUAAUGGAAUUUUCGCAUGGGACUGCGAUUAGCACCGUUGUCAAAGCUGCAAAGAAGCGGACACAGGGGCUGAAGCUGUCCGCCUGCGAAGAGCAGGCGGCAAACGUGGCAGCUGUGGCAGCGAAACUCCUUGUUGAAGCCUUCGGAGCCAUGGUGUUUGCAUUCGGAUACGUGCACUGUGACCCGCAUCCGGGAAACAUCCUUGUAGAGAUCGGUGCAUCAGGCUCAGAGUCAACCCGGUUGGUAAUCCUGGACCAUGGACUGUACAGGGAGCUCUCGGAAGAGAGGCGACUGGCCAACUGCGGACUUUGGCAGGCAAUGGCGUUGCAAAAUGCAAAGGAGUUGAAGAGCCACUGCCGCACCUUGGGGAUUGACAGCAGCGCCGCAGAAAUACUGCCACUCUAUUUCACAAACCGCUCCCUUGAAACCAAGGCUGGCCUAGGACAGAAGAUCACAACCAAGCAAAAACAGGAGUUGCAGGUAAAAUUACAAAGCCUGGGCAUCUUACCGCGAAAAGCCAGCGCGGCUUCUUUCGCCCUCUCUGGCCUGGGUAUGCUCGCUGAUCGAAUCCCGGGGGACAUGCUAAUGGUGAUGCGUACGAUGCAUCUCGUGGCAGCUUUGCAUCGUGAUCUGGGAGGCAAGCCCGCAGACCGUUUUGCAUCCUACGCGUUGGCUGCUGCGCGGGGCAGCCACGCCAAGGCUUGCAAGCCGGCAUGGUUGCCAUUGCAGCGCGUAAUCAUGCAUGUCAAGGCUUGGGCUUUCAAGGCACGGCUUUGGCUGAGGGAGCUACGUUUAUUCCUGUGCGGAGCAAUGUCCAUGCAGGCCAAGGAAGAGUUCUCGAUUGCAAGGAGCCUUGCAGAAAUUGCGAGCAAUCCACAG